UGGCUGCCUCAUUUUGCUAAGAGCUGGGCUCAUGAAUGAUCAGGUAGGCUCUCUAGGCAGAAGUGGACAUAAGGUUCGCUGCUGUUGGAGAGCCGUAGACUUGAGACUUUUCUCCCUGUUUGGGUUGACCCUCUCCUCAUGGUAGACUUUUGAAGGCUUCCCGGGCACUGAAGGACCUUCUUCAGAGAACAGAGACCCAGUCAGUUGGUUCAACAAUGUCCAGCUUCACAGGCGAUGCCCUCCGGGGCAGCUGCUUCUUUCUCUUUGGAUUCUGGUGGUCCGUGAAAUAUCCCCUGAUGUAUCUGAACAGGAAGCUGAAUGCAGAGGGUCAGAAGAACCUCUGUUUCCAGCGUUUAGAUGUCUUUGAAGGGACAGUCAAAGCUUUCUUUGCUCUAGCAGGGAUCCUGGCUGAACAAUUUGUCCCUGAUGGUCCCCACUUGUCUCUGUACAGUGUGGAGGAUCACAGCUGGGUGAAGCUUGGAAAUUGGCAGUACACCACCAUGUACUUCUUCUUUGGCCUCUCGGGCAUCAUGGAGGUUCUUUCCUACCGACUCAAACUGCCCCUUGGACUGGAUCGUCUCUUGCUGUCCGUGGCUCUCUUUAUUGAAGGUUUCCUCUUCUGUUCUCAUAACUACAAUGUUGCUCUGGAUCAGCACCUCCACUCCCUGCUGCUUAUUGCUAUAUUUGGUGGAACCCUCUGUGCCUUGCUGGAAGUGUGCCUGCGGGAUCACAUUGUCCUGGAAAUCAUCAGGACCAGUCUCUUCAUCCUCCAAGGAACUUGGUUCUGGCAGAUUGGAUUUGUGCUGCAUCCACCAUGGGGAGGGCCAGGCUGGGACCAGACCGACCGUGGAGUCUAUGCGUUCCUCAACGUGUGCUUCUGCUGGCAUUAUGCAGCUGCUCUCCUCGUCGUGGCUGCCAACUUUGCUGCUUCUCACUGCUACAACCAAGCAUGUCAGUUAAAGCUUGAAGGCAUUGAUGUUGAACUUGACAUUGGGUGCUGUCUACGAAAAUUCAACAGACGCUCUGAUCCCGUUCUCCUACCAGAGAAUGGGUUGGAUGAAAAGUGACUACUUGGCUGAAUUUUUUUUGUUUUUUGCUCUGCUUUCCUGCUAAUGAUCCUUGUGUCAAAGUUCUUAAGAUGAAGAGAUUUUAUUUGCCAUUUUAAAUAAAGUUGUGACUUUAUAUAAGCAUCUCAAAAGUAGGAGGACAGCAGCCAGUGUCCUUUGCCACACUCUUUAGAUCUAGAAGGCAGACAGCAGGGAAGUUGUACCAGAGGUGUGUCCUAUUUUUGCAUUUAAAACAAAAUGCUCCAUCUUGGGUUUUGAAGGUUUUCUUCUUUAAAGACAUCCUUAUUACAUGUGGGUCUGAGGCAACUGUGUGCUGGCCAAGCAGGUUCCAAAUUGACCCAUAAAGCUGCAAGUCCUAGACUGGGGUUUGUUUUUUUGGGGUUUUUUUCCACGAACUAGUCCUGAAAUAAACUUAAGAAAAGUCCAUGCAUUGCACUUGGGGGGGAUUGUCACUCACUUUGGUUGAUUACAGUGUGUAUUUUUUGUAUGCAAUUUUAUUAUGCUAUAAGUAUCUGUAGCUCCCAAUAAAAUAAUUUUAAGAGUA